AGCCUCAGAAGGAGUAAUACUUAGAAGUGGGAGGGGGAGGAAUUGCCAGAGCAAAGUGUAUUGCCUUGAAGUGGUAGAGGAGAGGAAGCACACUGCUCCAGUAUGUAGCACAUCUCAGUCUGCUCUGUACAGCACAGCAUCCAGCCUGAUCCUCUCACACCUCCACAAACUUCACCAAUAUUCCUCAUUUUACUCUCUAUUUCUUCCUUUUUCUUUUUUCUUUUAUGCCUUUUCCCCUUUUCCUUUUUUUUUUUUAAAUCUUUUCUUCUCGUCUGGAGGCAACAACCUUACCGGGAGAAUUUCAAAUCAGUGAAAUCCUACGAGGACCCUGCGUUUCUUUUGUGACAUUUGCUGGAAAAUGCUGUUGGAUGUGGUCGGUACCAUUACCUGCGGAUACUAACUCCAUAUCGGAACAGAAGAUUUGAUAUCGAGAAUAUUCCCGCAGUCUUCAAAUUGCUUGUGUUACUUCUUCUGAAGAUGCUUCAUCAGUUAUUCAUUUUCUCGUUCUUUCCCGCACUGCUUCAUUCGGUAUCGCCACCGUUUUCUGGCCAACCACAGCACCCAAUCCCAGACCCUUGCUAUGAUGAGCAUAGCCUUCCCCGUCGAUGUGUGCCCGAGUUUGUUAACGCGGCUUUUGGAAAAGAAGUCCAAGCCUCCAGCACUUGUGGACGUCCAGCUACCCGCACAUGCGAUGCUUCUGAUCCAAAGAAGGCUCACCCACCCUCUUAUCUAACUGACCUCAACUCAGCUGGGAACAUGACUUGCUGGAGAUCUGAAAGUUUCCCACGUCAUUCCCCACAAAAUGUCAGUCUAACCCUAUCACUGGGAAAGAAGUUUGAGGUGACCUAUGUCAGUCUACAGUUCUGUUCUCCUCGACCUGAGUCUGUGGCUAUUUUCAAGUCUAUGGAUUAUGGCAAGACUUGGGUUCCCUACCAAUAUUAUUCUUCACAGUGCCGGAGGUUGUAUGGGAAACCUAGCCGUGCUAGCGUCACCAAGCAAAACGAGCAAGAAGCUUUGUGUACUGAUGGACACACAGAUCUUUACCCACUGACAGGAGGCCUUAUAGCCUUUAGCACAUUAGAUGGAAGACCUUCAGCUCAAGACUUUGACAAUAGUCCUGUUCUCCAGGACUGGGUGACUGCUACUGAUAUCCGUGUGGUCUUCAGCCGUCCUCACCUCCAAGGGAACAGGGAUUCUGAGGUAUCAGAUGACGGGCCAGGUUUCUUCUACUCAGUUGGAGAGUUUCAAGUGGGUGGCAGGUGCAAGUGCAAUGGACAUGCCUCUCGUUGCGGCAAAGACAAAGAAGGACGGUUAGUUUGUGACUGCAAGCACAAUACAGAGGGACCAGAAUGUGAUCGAUGCAAGGCCUUUCAUUAUGACCGACCAUGGCAGAGGGCCAAUGCCCGGGAGGCCAAUGAGUGCAUGGCUUGCUCCUGUAAUCUGCAUGCCCGGCGUUGUCGUUUCAACAUGGAACUAUACAAGUUGUCAGGAAGGAAGAGCGGUGGAGUGUGCUUGAACUGCAGGCACAACACAGCAGGCAGGCACUGCCACUACUGUAAGGAGGGCUUCUACCGGGACGUCAGCCGCCCCAUAUCGGACCGUAGAGCUUGUAAAGCUUGUGACUGCCAUCCGGUGGGGGCAGCAGGUAAGACCUGCAACCAGACCACAGGGCAAUGCCCUUGUAAAGAUGGUGUGACCGGUCUGACAUGUAACCGAUGUGCCAAGGGAUAUCAACAAAGCCGCUCCCCAAUCGCUCCAUGCAUCAAAAUCCCAGCAGUGGUCCCUACUCCAGCCCUCACCAGCACAGAGGAGCCAGCUGAUUGCGAGCAGUACUGCAAACCUCCUAAGGGAAAUUAUAAAAUCAACCUGAAGAAAUACUGCAAGAAAGAUUAUGUGGUGCAGGUGAACGUUUUGGAAAUGGAGAUGGUCGGAUCCUGGGCAAAGUUUACGGUCAACGUCCUUUCAGUCUACAAAUGCCGAGAUGACCGGGUGAAACGUGGUGAUAACGUCCUGUGGAUACACAUAAAAGAUCUGUCCUGCAAAUGUCCAAAGAUCUUGCUGAGCCGGCGAUACUUAGUGAUGGGAAGCAGCGAGGGUCAAGGAGAUAGGCCAGGACUUACAGCCGACAAAAACAGCAUGGUCAUCCUAUGGAGGGACGCCUGGACCAGGCGCCUGAGGAAGCUACAGCGCAAGGAAAAAAAAGGAAAAUGUGUGAAACCGUGAGGGUUGUCAUGGAUAGGGAACUUUAAUUCUGUAUAUACACAACCUUCAAUGCUUGGAACUACGCACAUGUUGGCAUCAGCGGAGACUGAGAGUCUAGGUGACAGCAAGGAUGCUAAGGGUGCAGCUUAGACAAGAUCCACACGUGCAGAAGGAUGCUUCUUUUCAAUGGCCUAGCAGUGUCUCACUCGUUGAGAGGGUUACAACUAUCCAUCAAUGUUCACAACGCAAGAGACUAUGACACCCACGACCUGUGAGCCAACUGACCCCUAAGCAUGUUAGGCACUGAUCUUGGUCUUGAACCUCCAUUAACGGGGACUAAUGCAUCUUAUAGUCAAUGUGCAAAAAGUACCAGGAUUGUUCUCAAAUUGUGACCUGGUGUCACUAACUUACAAGGCCUUGACUCUAUGCUACAAGGUUAUCGAAACCAUUGGCUAUCUUGAACUCUUACGCCAGAUGGUUUAAAUUUUAUAUUUUUCGAAACAACAUGACCGGGCUGGGGCAUGUGCUACACGUUCUCAAAGACCAACUCACUGUCCAGUUACCAUGAUGGAUCUACAAUGGGAAACAUGUCUAAGUUCUAGGUAUAUUUGUAUGACUAUCAUCUUUGCCCUAAUACAAUUAUUUUUAGGAGGUCACAAAAAAUUCUGAAAGGUUUCAAAAAGGAUUUCAAGACCACCCGAUGCAGCACAAAAUGCCACAAACUUAAUUCUUGACGUUAGUCAACAAGCAUAACGAGAACCUCCUGCCCUUCCAUCAAGGCCGCUGCCAAUUUACACCGGGCAAAACAAAAAAUAAAAAAGAACCUACUUGCCCCAAAAAUGUAGCACCUUUGAUCUGAUCUGAAUGCUUGCGGACUGUUCUAGGGAACUGUAUGGAUUGUAUCUAGGGAUGAAGACCUGCAGGGCUAUGUACAGUAACCCAGCCUCUGCCAAACAGCACGACAUGGCAUAUGCUGCCUCUUAACGGGACAGGAAAAAUAAAAACAAGUGACUUGAGGACUAUAUUUUGGGUGUGUAAAAAAGUGUUGUGAUAUGCAAAAUAGUGUAACAUACAAGCCGGUAUAUUAUCUUAUAUUAUAAUGCAUUAGACAGGACCUUCUCGCUGUCGCUCAGGCCUAGCAGUGAAGGGGGUUGUGUAAUACGACGCGUUUUCUGUAGUAAUAUAUGUGUAAUUUAAGCCUUCGGUACGUUCAUGUACUGUUUAUGUAGUGUGUAUCAUAUGUAUAGAACAUUGGGUCCACACAGCCGAUUUCUUCGUGUCAUUUGCUUCACAGAGUUUCCACAUCGACUGACCUGCUAAGAAAAAAAAUCUGAAAGGCUUUUAUGGAAACCCGUAAACAGGAAAAAUGUGCCGCAUCCAGUGAGCAAUUAGAUUAAAAUGGAAGUAAACAGACAAUUUGCUACUGCCGGAUAGGAGGCAUAUUUCCCAGUGCCACCAAAAUGGCUUCGUAAAUAACAGAUUUGAGAAAAAUUCCUUUUUCUUUUUUGCAGGGUCUUUUUGUGAACUUUACAGACUGAUGUCUGGUAAAUGCAUGCAGCAAAUUGGUCUUUUUAUGCCACUUUUGCAGCUAAAAUCAGGUGUGGAUCCUAAAGGAAGAGAAAGUAUUAAAGGGGUAUUCCUAUCUGAACCAUUUAUGGCAUAUCCACAGGACGGGCCAUAAAUAUCUGAUAGGAGUUGGCGUAGAAUUCAGGUGUAAUGUGAGGCGGUUUUGUGGCACACGGGUUCCACCGGCAGCCUCCUCUUCCUCCUUCCUGCUAUUUCCAAAAGUAGCGAGUGUGUAGGAAAAGGGGGACAAAUCACAAAUUUUAGUGCAAAAUGGGACCUGUCCGAAAAUUUGCCAGUAUUCUAUGCUAGAAAACUGCCGUAGAACCUUCAUAAAUUGCAUGAUGAAACCCAUGUCUUCCCAGAAUUAGCAGGGUUCCCCUCCUGAGACAACGCUCCUACUGAGUAAGGCCUCAUGCACACGACAGUUUUUUGCGUCCGCAAAUUGUGCGUCUGCCCAAAAAAAUGGAUGCGGCAUCCGUUUUUUUUUUUUGGAGGAUCCGUUUUUUUCCACAGAUCCUUUGUAAUAAAUGCCUAUCCUUG